AUGGGAACCUGCAAUACUUAUUUUUAAGAAAAACAAGAAAUAGAUCCAUAUAACGUUCCUUAAGAAAGCCAACCAAUAAAAUUAGAUAAUAUAGAAGAAUCUUAAUAAAAAGUUAUCAAAAUCCAAGCGCAUGUAAGGGGUCAUUAACAACGAAAGCAAGUAGAAGAAUUAAAAUUAAAAGAAUCCGAAGAUAUACCUCCUACGGAAAUCGCAACGCCUUUUUAUGGAACAUUUGAACCGCAAAAGGACAUAGUAUUAAAAGUUUUAUAAGAAAAUCCUAAAUUCAAUUGGCCAGCAAGGGCAGAAUUCAAAAAUUUAACGCGUUUAGCUCCAUAUAAAAUAAUAAAAAAUGAAGCAAUAUAUAAAGGUUAAUGGAAAAAUAGUAAAAGACAUGGAAGAGGUAUUUAAUAUUGGCCAGAUUCUUCCGUAUAUUAAGGAGAUUGGGAAAACGAUAUGGCAAAUGGUUAAGGAAGAUUAAUUCAUUCUGAUGGAGAUUACUAUUAAGGAUCAUGGGUUAAUGAUAGAGCUUAAGGAAAAGGUAUAUUUAAACAUAUUGAUGGAUAAAUGUAUGAAGGAGAUUGGUUAGAAGACAAACAAAAUGGUUUUGGGAAAGAAAUAUAGCAUUUAUUUAUUUAUGAAGGUGAAUUUUAAAAUGGAUUUAAACAUGGUAAAGGAAAAUUAACUUGGAAAGAAGAUUAAUCCUAUUAUGAUGGAGAAUUUUAAAAUGGAAUUAUUUAAGGAACUGGAACUUAUUAUUUUAAAGAUGGAAAAAAAUAUUAGGGAUAUUGGGUAAAUGGAAAAAUGCAUGGAUAUGGGGAAAUGUAUUAUUGUAAUGGAAAAAUUUAUAAAGGAUAAUUCGAAUAGGAUGUAAAACACGGAUAAGGAGAAAUGAGGUAUCCAGACGGAAAGGUUUAUAUUGGGGAAUGGAAAAAUAAUAAAUAAAAUGGAUAAGGAAAAGUGAUUUUAGCUGAUGGAAGAAUUGGUAAAGGUAUUUUUAAGGACGGAAAAUUAAUAAAAGAUGAUUGA